CGCUUCUCGAGGGACGUGGAGAUGAUGAUAGGGAGGAGAAUACCUUUAUACAUCAGAUUGUUUUGGUGUUUCUUUUCGCCUCUGAUCUUGUGUGUGUUGAUGGUGGCGAGUCUAAUAGCAUACGAGCCACCUACAUACGGGAACUAUGUAUAUCCGGGGUGGGCGGAGGAUGCAGGCUGGAUAUACGCUGUCCUUCCCAUAGUACCAUUCUUCACUGCAGGAUUUUCUGUCCUGUACAAUGCACCAGGGAAAACAGUGUAUCAGAAGUUACGUCAGUCCGUACUGCCCACAGAAGACUGGCAUCCGUCAGUGGACAAAGCUGAUUACCUGGCUCUCCCCUGGAAUACCGGCGGUACCUUUACACAGAGGUGUCUCUUCAACCUCGGAUUGAGAAAACAAAGUGCUGUAGUCUGCGGAAAUCUUCAUCAAGAGACUUAAACGUCCUUUUUAACGCAAUUUUCAAAUGACAAAGUCAUCUUUAGAGCGUCUUAAGUUUGUUAUUUUCUUCAAUCUUGUG